UCAAUUUUGCUAUGAGAGCAUGUUAUAACCACCUGUUAAAGGAAACACCCUCUUUUUUUAUAGCUAACAGGAAGUACAGCACUGCAUGUAUCAGCACACUCACAGCAGAAGCACCGUUAGAGUGAUGUGAAAGAUGCAUGGGCAGCGCCUCAUCUUUCUGCUCACCUAUAUGGUGGCUUACGCCAUCUCCGUUUCUUUGGCUUUCAACCUUGAUAUCACACAACCUGAAGUCUACAAUGGUGAACAAGAAGAUUUCUUUGGAUACAAAGUGCAUCAGUACACAUCUGGAAAGGACAAAGGGAUAAUUGUCACUGCACCUCUGAAGCUGAAUGGAUCUGGGGGAAUAUGCAAACCCCGGCAAAACCAAACGGCAGAGUGUUUCAAUCCUAAAGAAAAUCCUUUUGAAAACAAAACAGUACAAGUCAAGCACCUUGGACUGUCCCUGGCAGUGAACUCCAUCAGCUCCAUAUUCACUGUCUGCAGUCCAAGUGUGGUUCACGAGUGUGAUGAGAACUCCUAUCUGAACAGUGUGUGCUACAAGAUCACAGAUCAACUUGAGCAAAUCUCCUCUUUCCAAUCCGGUUUCCAAAAAUGCACAAAAAAGACAGUGGACCUUGUCUUUCUAUUUGAUGGAUCAGAGAGUAUGACCACUGCUGAAUUUGGAAAAAAUAAAGAUUUCAUAGUGGAUAUAAUGAAAAGUUUCGGUAAUUCAUCAAUCAAGUUUGCAGCAGCUCAGUUCAGCACAAUUACCAAGACAGUGUUUAACUUCAAAGACUAUGAAGCUGGUAGAUUUGGCCCAAAACUUAGGGCUGAACCUCAUAUGAAGGGUCUCACCAACACACACAAAGCCCUCAAAUUUGUGCUGGACAAAAUCCUUACAAACGAGAAUGCCGGCGCCUCUCCUGAUGCAACCAAAGUUCUGGUACUGAUCACAGAUGGAGAUCCAAGUGAUAGCAACAGAAAACUUGAAAUUAUUGAGAAAUAUGAUGAAUUAAAUAUCAUUCGAUUUGUCAUUGGGGUUAAAAUUACAAAUCUGGAUAAAGUUAAGACCAUUGCUUCAGAACCGAAAGACAAAAACGCUUUCAAAAUAGAUAACUACGCUGGACUCACAGGAAUACUGGAUAACUUUCAAAAAAGGAUCUUUACUACAGAAGGCUCCAAAGUGUCUCGAGCAGGAGAGAUGACCAAUGAAAUGUCCCAGAGUGGAUUCAGUGCUGUCGCCUACAAAGACACCUUGAUUCUGGGUUCAGUGGGAUCAAACAGCUGGCGUGGGUCUCUACAUGAAGUUGAAGUUGAACAAACAGAAAAAACUAUUGAAGAUCCAGACAUGAAGAUGGACUCGUACAUGGGAUACUCUGUUGCUGUUGGAGAGAGAGACAACACCACUCUGUAUUUCACGGGUGCACCGAGAUUUGAGUACAAAGGACAGGUUGUAGUUUUCAAACACAAUGGCAGUAGCUGGAUCACAAGCAAACGCAUAAAUGGGUACCAGAUCGGUUCCUACUUUGGUGCAGAGAUCUGCUCAGUAGAUAUUAACUCAGAUGAUGACACUGAUUUCCUGCUGGUGGGGGCUCCACUGUUCUACCACGCUGAUGAGAAGAAAGAAGGACGGAUCUAUAUCUACACACUGACUAAUGAGAUGGACCUGAAAAGUGAGAUGAAUGUGACUGCACCCUCCAUGGGUAGAUUUGGCACAACCAUAUCCAGUAUCGCCGAUCUGAAUGGAGAUUUUCUUCGAGACCUUGCUGUUGGAGCGCCCCUUGAGGAUGAAAAUAGGGGGGCUGUGUACAUCUACCUGGGUGACAGUCGCAAAGGCAUACGCAGCACUUUCAGCCAGAGAAUCACAGGACAAGAUUUCAGACCUAUGCUGAGAUUCUUUGGACAGGCCAUUGAUGGAAACAUUGACCUUGGAGAGGAUGGGCUCCCAGAUAUUGUGGUCGGAUCACAUGGCGCAGCCGUUGUCUUAAGAUCCAGGCCUGUCUUUAAUGUCAAGGCUCAUCUGUCUUUUCAACCUAAGGAGAUAAGCACUGAGGAAAUUGACUGUGUGGUCAAUACAGAUCACAUUUUACCAUUGGUUACAUUAACAGUCUGUUUUGAAAUGGUAGAAGCAACACAGAGCAGAGAGGGCAUAGCGGGCUACGGACUCAACAUUUCCUAUAUGCUUGACGUUGAUCCAACGAGACCAACACAUCGAGGUUUCUUCAGUGAUACUGACAGGAAAGCUAGAAAUCUUAUUACCACCUAUGAGCUGACAGAUAAAGAGACCUGCGUCAACCACUCCAUCAACAUGAAAAAAUGUGUGAGGGACACAUUAUCAUCCAUCAGCAUCAAAUUAAACUUUUCACAAGUUGACAGUGAGAGAGCGAGUGCCGUGCUGAACGUGGACAGUGAAAGGCAGACUGGUGUUGAGGUUCCGUUUAAAAAAGAAUGUAGAAAAAAUGACGCCUGUAUUGCUGAGCUUGAGGUGGAUUUGGAUUUCGAGAGCUCAACAUUUUUGGUGGCAGAAGAUAACAGCUUUAAUGUGUUUAUAACACUGUCGAAUGAAGGCGAUGACUCGUAUAACACCAGCCUCACAAUGCACUAUCCUCCAGGACUCUCCUUCUCUCGGAUGACUCCUAAAAAGGACACAAGACCAACACUCCACAUAUGUCAUGAUCUUCAUGGCGUUAUUGACAAAUCUUUAUGUAGUGUCAGCCUUCCUGUGUAUCGGAGCAGAUCAAAGGCAUACUAUAAUGCUUCUUUCCGCAUUGAAUAUGACCCCAGAGAGUAUGAGUGGAAUGACACAAUUUCGAUGACUGUUGUUGGAAACAGUGAUAAUAUGGCAUCUAACCAAAACAAUUCAAUGACCAAAAGCCUCCCAGUAAAAUAUGAAAUUAAAAUGGCAACAACAGUGUCAGAUGGCUCCACCAACUACAUGAUCUUUACACCAGAGGACAGUGAACCUAAAGAACUGGUCAAUAUAUUCACGAUUGAUAAUCUUGGUUUGAAGGCCUUUCCUGUCAAUUUUUCCCUUCUCUUCCCGACUAAACUGGCACAUGAAUUUGAAAUGACAAACUAUCAAGUCUCGGUCCAGCAGAACAAGACUGAAUGUACACGCAUUAUCGACAUUGAUUCAAAAGAACACAUAAAAGACCAACACUGGAAAAUGAUAAUGUGUGACAGUUUCAUCCUGGACGGAGCAUCAACCACUGAGGUUAAAUUGUAUGGAGAUGUACAAUUCAGGGGCCUCAAAAACAAUGCAGAGAAUAUGAUAUUUACAGAAAAAUAUAGAAACAAAGGAGGAGUGGUUGAAUUCAGAAGCCAUCUACAUGUUAGUUAUGAUGACAACCGAUAUGUGCUAAAUUCUGACAGACAAAAGAAUGAUCAGGGGAGUGUAAAUUCAAAUGAUCCAAGAAAGAAAGAGACUGCUGUUCAAAUUGAGUUUUUAAUUCCUGCUAGUGAACCACUGAUAAUUGGAACUGGAGUUGUGUUGGGAUUAAUCUUUUUGUUAAUACUCACUUUCUGUCUAAUUAAGUGUGGUUGCUUCAAGAGGAGAUUACCUAAAGAGGAUGACUGGGACGAGGCCAAUGGCAAGGCUCAGCUAGAGCCUCUGAACCCUGAUCAGGAAUACGCAAACGCUGACAUAUUUGCACACGACGUAGACAUUCCGGAAUACGCAAACGCUGACAUAUUUGCACACGACGUAGACAUUCCGGAAUACGUAGACGUCAUUGAACUUCCAGACGAAAAAGAAGCCAGCGAGUAUAUAAAUAUUAUAGAAGAGGACAAUUCGGACGGGAACGGGGCCAAUGGCAAGGCUCAGCAAGAGCCUCUGGACCCUAAUCAGGGAAAUGGAGAAGUUGCUCCUCUACUUGACAAUAACCAAGACAACUAGCAUGGUAACGUGGAAGAUCAGCCAAACCACGGCAAUGAUGAUUAACAAGAAGAUGACACCAACCCUGAGCCCACCCCUG